AUGUCAGCCAUUGGAAGUGUAUUCCUGGGAGAUUUCCAGCGACAUCGUAUAAUAUCUUCCACACCUCCACCGUCAUCACCUCCGCCCAGCCAACUUGGACAUCAAAUGAGUGUUGGAUCUGUUUCGCAAUCCCUCGAGGAACUCGUAGAACCUUUGGAUGAUGCCCAGUCAGAGCUGUCUGAUGAACAGCCGACUCCGGCUGCUGUGAUGCCUUUAGCACAACUCGAACCAUCAACCGCGCCUCCCGUCAUAGAUCCCGUCCUAUCGCUGGAGCUGAGACUCCGCUGGCUGGAAGCGCUGAUUCUAGGCGUGCGGCAGGAUGCGCGGGAUCGUAAAGGAAAGGACAAAGUACCAGAGCUCAAGCGCGGUGAAACCCUCAUUCGCUUAGCCGAGGACGUACAACAGCGCCUCGACAACGUCAUACAAUCCAACGACGGUCUUCAGAGAUUCAUGAGCAAAUAUGACCUACACGCCCAUCUACUAACUGCAGCAUUUGCUCUGUCAGGGGUGCUCCCUGGGCCAGCCCCGGCAUACGAAAACAUGUCCCCAGAAGAACUUGAAGCGCUCCUGGUAGAGAUGGAACCAGAAAUUCGAGCUGCAGAUAGGGACAUGCGCGAGAUCGAAAUGCUAGAACAGAAAGGCGUGACAGCAGCUGGAAGACUCGCAGACUAUGAAACCUUGCAGCCUCGUUUGGACGCGCUUUUGGAAGCGCAUCAGGAGGAUAUUAGAUUGGCUGCGUCGUUAGAGAAACGAAUAGCAGCUCUUGUCGACAGACAUGCUACUCAUGUGGAUGCGCUCUCCGAACUUUUCGUGGCAUGGGAUGACGUCCUCACAGAAACCGAAAAUAAAGUCACAAAACUCGAACGUGAUCGCGAAGAGCGCCAACGACUAGGUUAUGAAUAA